AUGAAAAGGAUCACGUAUGCUUCGGUUAUAGGAUCUAUUAUGUAUGCCAUGAUUUCUACUAGGCCAGAUGUGGCCUAUGCGCUUAGCAUGACAGGCAGAUUUCAGCAAAAUCCCGGUGAGGAACAUUGGAAAACUGUUAAGACUAUUCUUAAGUACCUUAGAAGGACUAAAGAAUAUUUCUUAGUCUAUGGUGGACAACCAGAGUUAUCAGUUAUUGGGUACACUGAUGCUAGUUUUCAAACAGACCAUGACGACUAUAAGUCUCAGUCUGGAUAUGUUUUUGUCCUCAAUGGUGGAGCAGUGAGUUGGAAUAGUUCCAAACAAGGUACAACUGCCGAUUCCACCACCGAAGCCGAGUAUAUUGCUUCAUCUGAAGCUGCCAAAGAAGCAACGGUUCUUGCUACUCCGAGUGAGAAAGGGAAAGCUCCAGCACGUGAUGAAAAAUCCCAAGACAAGCUUGAUGAGAUGCAGCUCACGGCCCACAGUGCAGUCAUCUUGUGUUUGGGAGACAAAGUUCUAAGGGAUGUGCAAGAAUCCAAGACUGCUAUGCAGAUUCUGGAGAAAUUGGAUGAGCAACUAGAGGAGUUCAACAAGAUUAUUGAUGAUCUUGGCUUUGUGGAUGUCAAGAUUUCUGAUGAAGAUAAGGCUAUCUUGACACUCAUUGCUCUGCCUAGUUCAUAUAAUCAAUUGAGUGAUGCCAUUAUCUAUGGCAGAGACAAGCCUAUUACUUACACAUAG